AUGCAAAGUUUUGUGAACAGAAAGGAUAUUAAAAAACACUGGAAACCCAAGUUCCAGAAUGAUGGAGUUGGGGCUAGAGGAAGAAGGAUUAUUGGGUCGAGAGAUAUGAGUACAAAGGAAAUGGACCCCUUCUUGAUGCUCGAUCUUUUUAGUAUCAAACUUCCUGCUGGGUUUCCUGAUCAUCCCCAUAGAGGCUUCGAAACUGUGACGUACAUGAUUAGUGGAAAGAUUUACCAUGAAGACUUUAAGGGACAUAAAGGAACUAUUGGUCCAGGAGAUGUCCAAUGGAUGACUGCAGGUAAAGGAAUCGUACAUGCUGAGAUACCUGCAAGCAAGAUUGAAGCUUCUGUAGGAUUCCAGCUGUGGGUUAAUUUGAAAAAGGAAGACAAGAUGAAAGAGCCUGCUUACCAAGAAUAUCCAAAAGAAGAGAUCCCCUAUGUUGAUAAGUGGGAUAGUGAAGGAAUCAGAGCCAGAGUCAUUGCAGGCAAAGUAUUCGAUGUUAAAGGAUCGAUAUAUACUCGCACCCCAGUGGAGUUAAUUGAUUUUGAACUCGACAAAGAUGCCAUUUACCAACAUACUGUUGCUGAGAAGUGGAAUGUCCUUGUCUUCUGCUUUGAGGGAAGUUUUGAGAUUUUCCAAGAGAAUGGGGAGCCUAAGAAACUCAAGACUUACAUGGCUGCAGUUCUACAUGCAAGCGAUGAUGAAGAGGUGCUUGAAAUUAAAGGUCUUGAAGAAGGUAGCAGAUUCAUGUUGAUCGCAGGUCUCCCUCUUAAGGAACCUAUUGCUUCUUAUGGACCUUUUGUAAUGAACACAGAUGAUGAAAUCAGUGAUACCAUUUCGGACUACCAAGACAGUGACAAUGGUUUUGAAGGAGCUGACACAUGGGAAUCAGACAUCAAAGACUUAAUGACUGAAUAAAUGAAUCACAUUUGAUCUAUCAAUCUGUCUAAAUCUCCAACUUUU